AUGGAUCAGAUGGGAAAUUGGUUCCAGGAAAUAAAAGUCCCAGAAAUGGAGGAGAGAAAUUGCACCAUAGCAUCCCAGUUCAUUUUCUUGGCCAGAAUUGAAGCUCGUUGUGUUUCUGAUGUUUCUCACAAUCUACGUGACCACCCUUGUGGGAAUCUCACUAUGGUAACCUUGAUCGAGAUUAGUCCCCAGCUUCACAGCCCCAUGUAUUUUUUCCUCAGGAACCUAUCUCUCUUAGAUGUGGUCUAUUCCUCUGACAUUGUCCCCAAAGUUCUGAUCAACUAUUUAUUGGAAACUAAGGUCAUUUCAUUUGGUGAGUGUGUGGUACAGUUUUUCUUCCUUUCUCUCUGUGUGAAUACGGAACUGUUCCUUCUAGCCACAAUGGCAUACGACCGGUUCAUAGCCAUCUGUCACCCGUUGCUUUACACGGUCAUGAUGUCUAAGGAAGUCUGUAUUCUUUUGGUAGCCAGUUCAUACCUGCUUUCCUGUGUCAGUGCAAUUGUGCACACUAGCUCUUUAUUCAGCUUGUCAUUUGGAAGCUCCAAUAUCACUGACCAUUUUUUCUGCGACAUUCCUCCCCUCCACACAAUCUCCUGCUCCGACACCUACAUCGCCGACUUGGUCCACGGAGUUGGUGGAGGUGGGCCUGACGUACAUGAAAAACAGGGUCCCGUAUAA